AUGACUCGGUCGUUAUUUUUAAAAAACUAUGAGUCUCUGAUUCUCAUCGUUGCCGUGUCACUAAUCUUCAACACAAGUGCUAAAAAUCUUACCAAAGAGAUAUGUCGCCUGGCAGUACAAGAAGCGCUUUCUAUGGGAUUAAGUUUUCCACAGCCUGAAAAAUUACCAAUAAUUUUGAAUCCAACUACUCAAAGUGAACAACGACACCAGCCGAAUACAGAAAAUCGACAAUUAUCACGAAAUAAUGAUCGCACUAGUAGCACAACUACUUCAACAACAAUAGAUGAAAAUUCGAGGAAUGCUAAAGAAUCCUUAUAUUUAUGGCUCUCUGAGACACAACUUAAUCAAUUAUUGGAGUAUAACUUUCUGGAUACAUAUCGAGCUCAUGCUGGUCAAGGUAGGAGUUUAUCCGAUUUAACUUGGGAUGCUAAUCAUUCACAAUUAUAUCAUCAAAGUUUGUGUUACUGGUCAGAUACCAAUUUACCAAAGCAUACAUGUUGUACAUUUCAAAUGGAAUUAGGAUUAUUACAGAAAACUACAGAAGAAUUGCAUCAAAGUUUAUCAACUUACUUAGAACGAUGGCAUAAAGAAUUGGCAAAAUUAAGAACUGCUUUAAGAGAUCAAUUAAUUGAAAGUCUUGAAUUAUUAAAAAUUCAAUUAAAUCAAACAUUUUGUUCAUAUGAAUUCAUUAUAAAUAAUAAUUCAAAUGAGAAUUCUACAAAUUAUACAUGGAAUUGUUGGUAUCAUAUUAUGGAAUUAAUAUCAAAAUUUCGUUUAAUAUUAGAACAAUCAUUUUUAACACAAGAUGAUAUUAUAUUAGAUUUAAUGUUUCCAGUUGAUAAUUAUUUAAUGCAAUCAUUAUUAGAAACAUCAUGUCAAACUUAUAUGACCGAUUCAAAGAAUAUACAAGCUGAAGAAUUAGAUGAAAAAAUUAAAUGUCAUGAAUAUUGUCAAGCUCGAUUAAAUUUAAUCUUUGAUUCAUUAACUGGUCAUUCAGAUUUACCAUCUUUAACUAGAAAAUCAAGAAAUUUAUUUGUAAAUAAAGUAAAUCGUCAUUCAUUAUUACAAUUAACCAAUAAUGAAAAGAAUCUAAUAAAAAAUGAAGAAAAACGAAUAUCAAAAAGUAGAAAUAUAAAAUCAUCAAAUCAUAUAAAUAAUUAUAAUACCGAUAAUGAUAUGAAUCAAAUGAAUAAUUUUCUUAUUGAAGCUGAACAAUAUCGAAUGUUAUAUAGACCUGAAUUAGUAUUUACAUUCAGAUUAAAUCGUAAAUUAAUUCAAUCAUUGGAAUUAGGUGAAUCAUUAAUUGAUGGAUUGAAAAAUUUCAAUAUUGCUCAAGGUACAUGUAUGCGAAAAUUAAUGCGUAUGCAUUAUUGUGCUUUAUGCGCUGGUGAAACAUUAACAAGACCAUGUCCUGAAUUAUGUUUAAAAAUUUUAUUAGAUUGUUUAAGACCUCUUAGUCAACUUAAUCCACAAUGGUAUCGUUUCACAGAAACUAUCAAAAGUGUGGCAGAUAUAUUUUUAGGAAAACCACAAUUAAGAUUAGAAAGUCAAUUGGAUGAUUUUCCAGAACAUCUUGUAAAUUAUUAUCAUCAAUUAUUGCAUACUUAUCACAACUGGUUACAACCACAAUGUUCUGGGAUAAAAAAAUUAUACAAUGUAUUUGAUCAACUUAAAAAUAAUUCAAAAACUAUAUUUCAAACAAUAAAAAGUAAUAAUACAAAACGUUUAAAACAACAUAAAAAGAUAUUUGAACAAAUGAAAACAACUAUGGAUGAAAUCACAAAUAUAUGGUCACGUUCAAGUACAGCAUUGUGCUUAGAAUCACCUUAUCUUGCUUUACUCAAUGGAAGACGUGAUCAAUGCUGGAAUGGAACAGCUAUUUCAAGUUUUCAUGAAGAAGAUUGUACAUUUUGUCAACAUGAACCAAAAUUACAAGAAACUAUUGUUACAAGUUCACAAAAUGAAAAUUAUAAUGAGAAGUUAUCACCAAGUCGAAAACAACGAACAUCAUUUAUACCAACGAAUGAUGUACAACAGUCAAGUGUCAGUGAAACAGAUGAUCUACUAUCAGCUUCAAUUGCAUCGACUAACUAUUUAUUGAAUAAUCCAUCAUGGAAUUCUCCAUUACAACAUGAUAAGGAAUUAGCUUUUCGACGUGCCAAUGAAAUUCUAGUAAGAGCAUCUAGAGAUUUGGAAUGGUCCGUGAAGUCAUUGUUAGCUGAGACGAACUAUUAUAAUUCAUUAAACGCCAAAUCUACUUCAAAUGGAAGUGGUAAAUCUAAAGGAAAUACACCGUCGGAAUCAUGGGCACGAAUUUCAGCAUCUCAAAAACCUGGAGUAUCAGAACAAUAUGAAACUGGAAAAACAUCAUCCAAUUCACAUUCAGAUAUGACCAAUUCUUUAGGUAUGCUCGCUUAUGGAUCAAUACUAAACUGGAAUUCACAAGGAGUAGGAGAAGAAGAAGACGAGGAAGUACAACGUAAAAUGCCCAUGAAUUCUAAAAGUAAUAAUCCAUCAUCAUCGGAUUCCUCUUCGAAACCAAUACAAAUGACUACAAAUCAAGGAAAUUCAAGAAAAAAAAAUUCACCUGAUAGGAAACAACAAACAAGACCAUUAGAUAGAAAUUCAAAUCUUGGCUCCGGUUUUUUCCCAGGUUGGACAUUAUAUGCAUGGACUCCAAUUAGUUCACCAACUAAAGAACAUACAUAUGGAAAACCAGUAGAUAAUAGUUUAAUUCAAGAAGAAAUAAAUUAUGAUGAAAGUGGUUUACACGAUUCCAAAGGUGAACUUGAUUAUCCACAAAUGUUUCCUUUUAUUAAUAUGAAUUCACAAGGAUUAAAUAUAUCAAUAAUGGGAUCUGAUGAGAAAUUCUUACGUAAUAAUAGUUUAUUUAAUCCAAAUUAUCAUCAGAAUCUUAAUAAUUCUUUAUGGACAAAUAAACAAAAUACAGAAAAUAAUAAUGAUAUAAUCAACUUAACUAAUUUAAACAAAAGUCAAGAAUCGAAUUCAAAUAAAAAUGUAGCUGUUUGUAUUAACCUUCAACGAAAACAAUAUACCAUAAUAAAUAUUAGCAUAUCUGUGAUGCUUUUGAUUUAUUUAUUGGGGAUAUAA